AUGGAUAAAAAAAGCCAAGUGAAACAAGUGUGGGAAGCGAGAAGAACCUUGAGAAGACCGAGAGGCAGACCCAUGAAGACCUGGGACGAUGAAAUUGCCGCCAUUAUAGACAGGAGAGGAGUCACCAAGGAGCAAGCGAAGAAAUUGGCAAGCAACAAGAAGAAUUGUGUUAAUUUUUUUGGGUUCGGCCAAACAAAGAAAAAAGCUUCGACCAGUACGGCGCCCAAUCAGCAGCUCAUUCAACAACAACCGUCGCAAGGAACAGUAGUGAUGUGCGGUGCGCUUUCAAAACGUCGAGGUAGCGACAGAAGUCUCUCUGGAUCCGCUCACGAACUUGCCAUCUCAGGGGUUAAAGACACCAAAGUACCACAUUCCCAUUCGCAAAGUAAUCUCAGUGAUAUACCUUACAGGGGUGAUCUGGCGUGCAUUACGAAGUUACCCGUUGUGGCAGCUGCCACUUCGGCAAAUCAGGUCCAAUCUAACGUCAGUCCCAAACAAAAUUAUAUACAGGAUGAUGGUAUAAAAGUCGGAGAUGCCACACUGGACAGAGUAAAGAAACUCGUGUAUCUCGGCAGUAAUAUCAAUGAGAGCUGGGAUCCAACCGCAGAAAUUAAAAGCCAAAUAUAA